UGACGGUGGGAUAUCGAUAGCCCUCUCCAUUUCUUGCCCCUCCCUUCCUGUUCUGCCUGGAAUAUCUAGUCUUCUGCAGGUCAGUUCUCGACUCCCUGUUUGGUUGAAUUCAACUCUGUUGCGUUGCUUGCAGAGAACUUGGAAAUGACUUCAGACAACAGUGGGAAUUGCCUUGCAUGGGCUGCUAGAGAUAAAUCAGGGUUUCUAUCCCCAUAUACAUUUAACAGAAGGGCUGUCGGGAAAGAUGAUGUUUCACUCAAAAUAACACACUGUGGGAUUUGUUAUGCUGAUGUAGCUUAUACCAGCGGGACAUUUGGAGAGGCAAUAUAUCCUGUAGUGCCCGGCCAUGAGAUUGUAGGAAUUGUACAAGAAGUUGGAUCUGAAGUUCAAAGCUUCAGAGUUGGAGACCAUGUUGGGGUGGGAGCAUAUGUCAACUCGUGCAGAGAUUGUGAGUAUUGCAACGAUGAGCUUGAAAUUCAUUGUUCAAAUGGAGUAGUUUUCACCUUUAAUGGGUUAGAUGUGGAUGGCACCGUGACAAAAGGAGGAUACUCCAGUUUCAUUGUUGUUCAUAAAAGAUACUGCUACAAAAUACCUGAGGAUUACCCAUUAUCCUUAGCAGCACCUUUACUGUGUGCUGGGAUAACAGUCUACACUCCUAUGAUUCGGCAUAAGAUGAACCAACCUGGAAAAUCUCUAGGGGUGAUUGGACUGGGUGGUCUUGGCCACUUGGCUGUGAAGUUUGGAAAGGCUUUUGGGCUCAAUGUCACAGUUUUCAGCACAAGCAUGAGCAAAAAGGAAGAAGCCUUGAAUUUGCUUGGGGCAGACAACUUCGUGGUCUCAUCUGACAAUGAACAAAUGAAGGCACUAGACAAAUCCUUGGACUUCAUCAUCGAUACAGCCUCAGGGGAUCAUCCAUUUGACCCAUACAUAUCAAUUUUGAAGACAGCUGGAAUCCUAGUUUUGGCGGGAAAUCCAAGUGAAAUCAAGCUCGCUCCUUUGAACCUUAUUUUAGGUAUGAAAACCCUUACCGGAAGUGCAACAGGCGGUACCAAACAAACUCAGGAAAUGCUGGACUUCUGCGGUGCCCACAAAAUCUACCCCGAAGUAGAAGUAAUUCCAAUUCAAUAUGCAAAUGAAGCCCUUGAGAGGCUAAUCAAGAAAGAUGUCAAGUAUCGAUUUGUGAUUGACAUUGAAAACUCCCUCAAUUGACAUAUAGCAUCCCUAAUAAAGGAUGGCAGGCAGUCUUCUAGUUCUCCAAAGUGGAAGGCCAGAUCAUCUUUUUCGUAUCUUAUAGUUUCGCUUGGCAAUAAACUAAGAACACGAGAGAGUAAUGGUAUUUGCUUUCCAAUCUUAAAAAGCGAAAA